AAAAGAAAAUUAAAGGGGAGGUAACUCUCAUAACUCUUACUGAAGCCAUGGCGGACCAGACAAACAGUGCGACUUGUGAACACAAUGACAGAGACUAAGGCCGCGUUGACUUCGUCAGGGAAGUUGAGAGGGCCAUCCUAGAAUAAGCAGUCAGAGCAUACAGCGUGCCAGUAUGACAGCACGUCCUGUCCCCAAGGGGAGACAACCAGUGUCCCAGCAGUACCAGUUUGGCCCAUGGACACUGACAAGCACAAAAAGCCACAUACUGGAGUCGGAGGGACCUGAGAGAGAGAAGUUUGAGAGCCAGCUGGAGCUGCCACAGUUGCCGGAGAUGGUAUUUGCAGACAACACGCUCCACCUCCAGCAUCAGGGAGGGUUUGGACUUGCCUUCACAGCCCUGGGGGCCCUCAAGCUAGUGGACGCACACCGAGACCCCCUGAAGGUGGCAGCUGCAGCAGAGUGGCAGAACGCACGAUCAGAAUGUGAGCAUAUCAAGAAUGUAGUAAAGCCGUUCGACUGGACCUACACCACGGGCUACAAGGGGGAGCUGGUUGCCGUGGACAAGCCCAGUCUCAAGGCCACAGCCACCUCAGAGAGAAUAGACUUGGAGAAGCUCAAAGUACGGGAGAAGAUAAUGUUUUACGAUGAUGUCCUCCUCUUCGAGGAUGAGUUGUCAGACAACGGCUCCUCCAUUCUCAGUGUCAAAAUUCGUGUCAUGCCAAGCAGUUUCUUCGUGCUGUUGCGGUUCUUCAUGAGAGUGGACAAUGUGAUGAUCCGGAUCAAUGAUACACGGAUAUACCAUGAGGGAGGUCAGAACUACAUCCUUCGAGAGUUCACAAGCAAGGAUGACAAAGUUGAAAACCUCAAGGUCAGCAAGCACCUGUUCACAGAUCCCAAUGAAAUCAACAAGCACCUGUCAUUGAGGGCAGAAACAUUCGAGAGGUUGGAAUUCCCAGAGGAAGUGACGGCAUGCGAGCCAGACUCCACAGUUGAUACUACAUGACGAUGAACUGUCUGCGCCAUUGUUGUGUGUGUGUGUGUGUCACAUGUAUAUAUAUAUAUAUAUAUAUGUGUAUGUAUAUGGAAUAGAAAUCUUCAAAUCUUUGUUUUGCCGCGUUAGUGUUUCUUUCUUGAACAUGCUGAAUGUUUCAUUUUUAUAACCUACAUACUUUUUCCAUAAAAUGGAAAGUAAACUUGAUGAUGUAUUCCAUGGAUGAAUCUGUCACAGGUGAUUAGAUAUUUCAAAGUGUUAGGCUUACUUCAGAUAAUACAUCUGUGUGUAUGGUAUCCCUUCAUCUUCACAUAUGAUGCAAAGAUGUCAUCCAUACAGCUGUGUUUUUGUAUGCAAAGUAAGUUUAUUGACAACUAUUGCUAUGGGUUUUGCAUCUCUUUCCAAACUUCUACCUACUUUUUAUCCAACUGCCCCCCGCCCAAACAAAGUUUUGCAGGGGGAUAUAGAAACAGGCUCCGUCUUUCUAGAGCAUAAAUCAUAAAGCAUUCCAUGUUUCUUCAUGAAACUUGGUAUGCACAGACAUGCAUAGAACUGGUACCUUUUGCUAUUCAGGAAUUUUUUUCAUUAUAUUUUUUGCAUUUCCAGGGCUAUAAGUUGAAAUAGGUUCAUAUAAAUCUAAGGAAAAUAGCUCAUACACUGUUAAUAUGUCUUUGUGAGACUUUGUAUACACAUAUUAGGCACAUGCUAAAUUGGUGCCUUUUGCUAUGCAUGUGUUUUUCAAGUUUUUAUAGUUUACAUUUCUAAGGCAAUAACAAGUUGGAAUGAGGGAUUCAUUUCGCAGAGCAUAACUCAUCAACCAUUCAGUAUAUUUAUGAAUUUUGUAUAUCAAAUAUCAUACAUCAUUCCACCCAGGUUAAAUUAGGACCACAGCAACCAGUGUUGUUUUGAGAGACAGGCGAGCUGGCUUGGUGAGCUGGCUUGGUGAGCUGGCCUGGUGAGCUGGUUGAGUGUGUGCCGUCACACCCUGCCAGAAUGGGAUGUUCCUCAUGCAGGGUAUAUUCAAAAACAAGCAAACAAAGCAUCAUCUUUUCUUUUUAGCAAUCUAGUUGUGGGGGAGCGGUCGGGUAGCCUAGUGGUUAAAUUGUUCGCUUGUCACACCAAGGCCCUUGUUCGAUUCCCGACAUGGGUACAAUGUGUGAAGCCCAUUUCUGGUGCCCCCAGCUAUGAUAUUGCUGGAAUAUUGCUAAAAGCGGCAUAAAUCAAACUCACUCACUUACUAUUUUGUUAUGGAGUUUUGAAAAUAUUAUAUGCAACAUAUGCUAUGAUAAUUAAAAGGUCAAAAUUAAUAAAUAUUUCAGACCCUUGGAAGGGAUUGAAAGCAUUAAAGAAUAGAAGGAUUCAUUUGGCCAAGUCAACAUUUUAUGAUGUCAGUUGUACUCGCAAAACUUUGUAUUAACAUUGUGUUAUUAAUGAUAUGCUUUUUGUGAUGUUACGCACAUAGCUAAAAGGGUGAGGGAUAUCAAUGACUUUGUCUUCUUGUUUACAUUUAUCCAUUUAAACUCACUCACCCACUCUGAUUGGUUGACUGACAGAGUACAUGGAAUCAGACAAUGAAUCAAGGCUGAAAAAAAUAAUAGUCUUAGUUCUCAGGCACUGCCCGCGUCAUCAGUGAGCCUGCCGCACGUUUUGUUUUUAUUUCCAUUUAAAAAAAAAUCCUAAUACUUAAAACCAAACACACAGUUAACUCCCUUUAGAUGCCCUAUGCUUUACUCUGCAUCCUGUGUUGUGGUAAUGGCGGCAAUAGGAGUUUGAAUGCUUGUUUAUGUAGGGAGGGCCUUUCCUAGGUUGAUGGUACACUGUUUAUUUGGUUACAUACUAGUUUGAACAAGCAAAAAAACAAACAAGUGCCCACUUGCACUAUAUUUUCAAAAGUCAUUGCCUGAGAACCAAUUCUUUUAUUUUUUAAAGCCUAAAGUAUUGUUCAUUACCUGACCUAUUUCUUUCAACCACAUGGGACACAGGUGGCAACGGAAUUCACUGUGCAGAGUUACAUCCCUUGGGCGUGCCAGGAAGCUACACUCAUGGGUUUGAAUCGAAGACUUGACCUGAUUAUUAUAUAGUUUUGUCAGCACCAUAUCUGUGCUGUGUCUUUAGCUUUUCUCCCACAUCAAGCUGACAUGCCCCGAUAUAACUGAAAUACUGUUCAAAGUGGCGCUAAACCAAACUGACUUUAGCCACAUGCUGCUUGCUGGUAAUGUACUCUGAAAGGGUCUGGAGCUUUUUUGGAAUAAAUCACACAAUCAUA